AUGGUCUCAGCUGUCAAUGAGAAGAAGAGGCAUAGGCAGCAGGCCCUGGCCCCCAAGGCCAAGGAGGCCAAGAAGACUGACCUGUUUGUAGAUAUAAUUAUACAUUCUAUUUUAACUAAUAUAAUAAGAUUGCAUAGUGUUUUAAAUCAAUUAUGUGGCCUAGAUUUAAAUGCCCAGAUUAACUGCAAAGCAUCAUUGCUUAUUUCUUUUAACUGCUUGAUUUUUUUUUUUAAGUCAAGAAAAGGAAUUUGUGAGACGGGGGAUUGUAGAGAGCAAGAGUUCAGGGACUAUGCUGGAAACUGUAUCCUCUGCAAACAGUGUGGACCGGGAAUGGAGCUGUCAAAGGUAUGUAUAGGAUAUUCUGCUCUGGAGGAUGCACAGUGCAUGACAUGCAGGCUAAACAGAUUCAAGGAGGACUGGGGAUUUCAGAAGUGCAAACCUUGUCUGGACUGUGCAGUAGUCAACCGGUUUCAGAAAUCCAACUGUUCUACCACCAGCAAUGCAGUGUGUGGGGACUGCUUACCAGGAUUUUACAGGAAGACGAAGCUUGGUGGCUUUCAAGACAUGGAAUGUGUUCCUUGUGGAGAUCCCCCUCCUCCCUAUGAACCUCACUGUACUAAUAAAGUGAACCUUGUGAAGAUCCCAUCAACUGCUUCCAGUCCUCGGGAUACUGCUCUAGCAGCUGUUAUAUGCAGUGCACUGGCCACAGUGCUCUUAGCUCUUCUCAUCCUUUGUGUUAUUUACUGUAAGAGACAGUUUAUGGAGAAGAAGCCAAGCUGGCCUAUGAGAUCACAGGAUAAUCACUGCAAUGGUUCUGAACUGUCGUGUUUUGAUAGACCCCGGCUUAAUGAUUAUGCUCACAGAACAUGUUGUCAGUGUCAACGAGAUGCAUCACAGACAUGCGGCCCAGUUCAUUUGAUUCCAUCACUGUGCUGUGAUGAGACCUGUAGCAUGGAGCACAGCAGUCACAGCUGCACUUUCCAUUCUCAGACAACACUUUAUGAAAGGACUUUAAAUUCGGUGGGAGAAAUGAUUCCUGCAUUCCUCGGUUCUCUUUCACACUCGGCCUGUGGGGACCUUUCAGAUGCUUGGCCUCUUAUGCAAAACACUACUUGUUGCGACAGCAACUCUUUCUGUGAAUCUUAUCCAGAGUUGACUAAUGGAAAUAUCACUUCCUUCAAUCCAGAGACUGAAAAUAAAGCCAAUAGAGAUCUAGAUAAUGACCAGGAUCUAAGUGAUGUACUUAUUUUAGCCAAGUCUCAUCCUGGAAUCUUUGCUGAAUCCACUGAACUUUCUAAACAGAGCACAUGUGUGGAUGCUUCAUUAGUUCAGAACUCAGCUGUUGGAAACCUGCCAAUGUCAGAGUGUGAUGAAAUAGUUAAUAACCCCACAGACUGAUAAUAAGGAAGCCAACAGGAGUGUUUCUGCCAAAAAUAGAACUGAAUGCUACCUUAAUGCCUGUCUGUUGAUACUCGUGAAAUGAACACCGCCUAGGUCCUAGGUGUUACAUGGUUUCGGAAACAGCAGAAAUUAAUUGGCAGCAUAUUAGACCUUUCCGUAAGUUGCAUCUGAGCCAUAACAGCUCUGUAAGCUGAAACGUCAAGGAACAUCUUGAAAGAAGACUGAGCUGGAGUCAUGAUAUUUAAAAAGAUGCUAUAGUUCAGUGGUUAUUAUUAUUGGGAAGUUAUCUGGCCUGUGUUAUAGAGGAGGUCAAAUCAACUGAUCAGAAGGGUCCAUUCUGGCCUUGGAAUCAGUUGUUGAACUUCACAUGUCUUAUAAACAACAAUCUUCUUUGCCUCAAAGAGGCUUGAAAAGCCUAAGAAGAUUUUGUAAAUAUAACAGAAAGAAUUACAUUAGUGUGUUUGUACUGAUCUAUUAAAUAUGGCUACAAAUGACGGAAGAUGUGGGGCAGAAGUUUGCCAGUUACCCUGUUUGCAAAUGAAUGAUGUAUUAGGAAGUUGCCCUGGCUAGAUGUCAUGCUCACAAUUUCUACUGUAGAAUGAGUUAAAAAAUAAAUGCUUCUAUUUAUGUGAUAAUCAUCUAUUGAUAAAAUUAAUUUGCAUUAUGUAUUACACUUUAGCCAUUAAGCUACUCUUGGGAACUAAGCAAUUUGCAUGUUAUAGUAAUAUGUAUUAUUAAAAUUCCCUGAAAACAUCACACUUUUUAAAUCAGGAGAUUCACCUUAAUAUAGAUUUAGAUUUAUAAAAAUCAUCCUAAUAGCUAGGGGGUUUUGUAUUUGUUGUUUGGUAUGUUUAGUAUGUGGAAGGGUCAAUAUAUUGGACUUGUUAUAUCAUGUACUUUUUAGAUGUUGAAAUAAUUUUUGUAAUAAACUGCCAUGUCAAAUUACAGUAAACAUACCAUGAAAGUAUUCGUAUAAGUCAGAGCUAAACUAUUACAAUAGUAAUGUAUAAUUUUCAGGGGUCAUAUCUUGGUGACCUAGUCCCUUCGUAAACAUAUACCUUAAUUAAACCAUCAAGUUAUGCAUAUGACUUAACUGAGUUAAACAUAUCAUCUUACGGCUGUUCUUUUCCCCAUCAUCUCUCUAAUAUUUCUUAGCCCUAACAUUGCAUUUUUCAUUGGGUGUAUUCACCACAUAUAGUGCUUACAAUCAGUAAUUCUAGUGGACU